AUGGGCCAUCAUCAAAGGAUCAUAUCUCUCAAUUUCUAUAAUAAUGGGUCGGUGCUUGUCACCUGGCAUGUCUGUGUCAAUUUUUCUGUUGAGAAUUGCACAAAGUCAACCUUUAUGUCCAGAUCUAUGGCUUCCUUUACUCUCUUAUUUGGAAGCUGUGAUGGUUCAUCUGUGAGAGUCAUGUCCUUCCUUAGUCGAUAUGUGAUGACCAUGUUGUACUCAAAAAACAAGAAGCAUCAAGGUGGUGUGGUCUUCUAUUUAUAUCUAUCUAUCUAUCUAUCUAUCUAUCUAUCUAUCUAUCUAUCUAUCUAUUUCAGUCUGUCUAUAUCUAUUCAUCUAUCUAAAAUCUAUCUAUCAUCUAUCUAUCUAUCUAUCUAUUUCAGUCUGUUCAUAUCUAUCUAUCUAUCUAUUAUCUAUCUAUCUAUUUAUCUAUCUAUCUAUUUCAGUCUGUUCAUAUAUCUAUCUAUCUAUCUAUCUAUCUAUCUAUCUAUCUAUCUAUCUACAUAUCUAUCAAUUUCAGUCUGCUCAUUAUCUAUCUCUGUUCAUAUCUCUCUAUCUCAGUCAGCUUAUUAUCUAUCUAUCUAUCUAUCUAUCUAUCUAUCUAUCUAUCUAUCUAUUAUUAUCUAUCUAUCUAUUUUUAAAUAA